CUUGCUUCUCCCCACCAUCCGACCCCUCCAGUCGCGGGAGGACAGAUACCCCCAGGUUGCAUCUUAACGCGACAAAUGGCCACCGAUAACCGGCAUUCCACACCUUCCAUUGCUGACUCUACUCCGACCAAUGGCUCCGCGGCUCUGCUUCCCGCGACCAAAGAGGCGCCAGGAAGCUCGCCCCUUUCGCGUACACCCGAAAAGAGCAGACGAAAGCGACUUCUAAUUCCACUCAUUCUUGGCGCGAUAGUUGUCGUCGUUCUAGCCGUAGUUCUUCCCGUUUAUUUCGUCGUCAUCAAGAAAAAUAGCAAAAACAACGCAACCACGACCAACGGCGGAUCCUCGUCUCCUUCAUCUGGAGACUCUUCUCCUUCAUCUGGCGGCAGUAGUGGCUCUCCCAGCGGAACACCCACCAAACUAGCAGUUACUGGGGGCGAUGGAAGUGCUGUGGUGACCACGUCUGGAGAUAGCUUCACCUAUAACAACUCAUUCGGAGGAUACUGGUAUUAUGACUCGUCAAAUCCGCUUGUAGGCGGCCGUGCAAACAGCUGGACGCCACCAUUGAAUGAGACAUGGACUUGGGGUGUUGACCGUGUGUUUGGCGUUAAUCUUGGCGGAUGGUUCGUCCUCGAGCCUUUCAUUUCACCCGCUCUCUUCCAAGCAUACCCUUCGGCCAACGAUGAAUGGUCUAUUGCAACCCUGAUGCGCGCCGAUGGCACCCUGCAGGCUAAGAUGGAGGCCCACUACGACACAUUCAUCACCGAGCAAGAUAUUGCUCAGAUUGCCGCCGCCGGUUUGAAUUGGGUCCGUGUUCCGAUUCCAUUCUGGGCAGUAAGCACUUGGUCGAAUGUUGGCUCCAACUCGUACCCGAGCGCUGGAUCCCCAGUCGCCGAACCAUUCCUCGAGGGUGUCGCAUGGAAGUAUAUCGUUCGACUCUUAACCUGGGCCCGAAAAUACGGCAUCCGUGUCAAAUUCGACCUCCACACAAUCCCUGGCUCACAGAAUGGCUACAACCACUCCGGGAAAUAUGGUCAAGUAAAUUUCCUCAACGGUCCCAUGGGUGCCGCAAAUGCUCAACGGGCCGUGGAUGUUAUUCGCAUUAUCACUCAAUUCAUCGCGCAAGAGGAAUGGAAAGACGUCGUUCAGAUCUUUGGGGUCAUGAACGAACCGAGAAUAGCCGUCAUUGGCCAAGACGCACUCUACUCAUUCAACCUGCACAUCCAUGACAUGAUGCGCAACAUCACGGGCGUUGGCGCUGGCCAUGGACCUUACAUCAGUUUCCACGAUGGGUUUGACGGUGUUUCCAACUGGGCUGGCUUCUUGCCUGGUUCGGACCGCGUCAUCCUCGACACUCACCCUUACUUUGCAUUCAACAACCAGCCAAACAACGAACCGAUCGCCACAGGAACCAACCGCAACACCGCCGGAGGCGAAUGGCCAGCACGAGCGUGUAGAGCUUGGGGCCCCAUGAUAGAACAGAGUCGCUCUGGGUUUGGCGUGACCAUUGCUGGCGAAUUCAGCAAUGGGUACAACGACUGUGGGCUUUUCUUGACUGGUGUCAACGGGCGGCAAAGCUACGGGGGAGACUGCUCUUUCUGGGAGGACGCCAGCCAGUGGGACGCGGCGACGAAAGCGGGAGUGCAGGCGUUUGCCGAGGCGAGCAUGGAUGCUCUUGGUGACUGGUUCUUCUGGACUUGGCGGAUUGGUGAAGCGAGAGACGGCAUUGUCCGCUCUCCGUUGUGGUCUUACAAGGCCGGUCUUGAGGGCGGAUGGAUGCCGAAAGACCCUCGAACGGUGACAGGCAAAUGCGCUGCGGUUGGCGUGAGAGGGAGUCGCUUUGAUGGCUCUUUUAGUGCUUGGCAAACGGGAGGAGCUGGGGCGGGGACGAUAGCGGCUGCUGCUACGCGGCAAUGGGGACAGUGGCCCCCGACCACACUGUCACACGCUGGCGAUAUUUUACCAACAUAUGCCAAUACUGGCGCGGUUCCAACUUUGGUCUAUGCGUUGCCGACACCGACGGCGAUCAAAACGGAGAGUGCGGCACCUACUGCGAGUCGGAUGGGGAAUGGGUGGGCAAAUGCGGGUGAUACGGCUGGGGCGAUUGCUCCCGGGAGCGGUUGCUCGUAUCCGAAUGCAUGGAAUGCGCUCAGUUUACCACCACCGACUGCCACGUGCUAA